CCACUUAAUAUUAGUAUAUUCCGCCCCUGGAAGUACUAUUAUAAAAUAGCAAUUUAUACAGCCCUCCGUUCCCUUAAUUUUAAAUAUAUAAUUACCUUCUUUUUCCGUAAUCUUACCCUAAUUCAUACGCAAAUAAUACAAAAGUAUAUAAUUAAGAAUGCCUUUAAGAGCUCUGGUAUAUAG